AUGCGAAUUGGUUUAAUGGGUGAGAAAAAUCUUCAAUUUAGUUUUGCAGCACAGAAGCUGUUGCAUUUAGAGAUGAUUACAAUUAUGAUCGUUGAAAAUCAUCAAAAGUCUCAAAAUUCAAGCUCAAAUGACAUUCAUCGUCAGUGCCUGAAAAACUACAAAAAAGCAAAGCAAGAGCAAGAGCAAGGAAAGGCAACAAGAAAGUUAUUAAAGAAAAAGAUCAAAGAAAAUUUGCCGACAAUUGCAGAAUGCAUGAUGAAUGCAUGGUUAAAUGAAUGA